AUGAGCACUGAUCAGACCAGCAUUUCUGGCUUGGUAGACAAAGCUUGGUGGUCUGGCCACGAUGAGAACGAUCCAUUGGCCAUCAACGUCCCCGAUGACGCCCCCGUGGCCGUCUUUGACAGGUACACGCCUACUGCAGCAUUCGCCAACCAAGUACAGGGCAUGCUGGGCGCAUUGCCCAGGCUGGGCACAUUGCCGGGCUUUCUUCGCCUCUACUUCUCACCACACGACGCCAUUGCAUCUGGCCACGAUAGUCUACCUCCUACUCCGGCGCCGCUGCAUUUCUCGCUGCCACCCGCAACGAUAAGCCAAAGUAGCAAGCGCUUGCAGCAUGAUGCCAUUGCCAGCACCGUGUCACCGCCAGAAAAGCGCAACAAGCCCAUGCCUUGCAGCCCCGAGCGAGUUUAUUCACAGCACCGAAACCUUCUUAUUGCCCGUACGUCCGAGACGCCUGGAUUCGCCUCGAGCCAGACGAGAAAGACCUCGCAACCGCCCACUCAUAGCGCCUUAAACUCGGUGGCUGCACCACCAGAUCGGGACGCCCUCUGUCAAAUGGAGGUACCAAAUCCUCAGCCCUCUGCACUGCUCCAACAUCCCGGCAUGAGCCCAAGCAACUUUGCUAUUGUGCACGAUUGGCUGCAACUAGUCGCAGCCGACCACGGCAGCUACAGGAAAACCUACUACUUGGCCAAACACAUUCUCAAUGCCUCCGUGGCCCGUCUCGUGCCCAAAUUGCAAGUACAGCAUUUGCAGCUUUUUGCGGCCACUGCCUACUGGAUUGCUAACAAGCUCGAGCACGGGCUGCGGUACUCUGAUCAUGUCAGCAAGAAGCUCGUGCUUCAGCGAAACUGCAAAUUCACAGCUCUGGGCGCGUCAAUUCAGGAGACUUUUCCCAUCAAGCUUGAUCGCCUCUGUGCGCUGACCAAGCAUGCCUGUUCCGCCAAAGAAAUCCUUUGCACUGAGCGCCGGGUGAUGAUGGGUCAUCGUCUACACCUGAUUGCACUGAAUCGACAGCUAUUGGAUGUGGCCACGCUGGAUAUGAACGGUCUUCGAUUUCGACCCGCCGUCUUGGUUGCUGCUGCACUCGCGCACCAUGACCAACAGGCCACCCCUUUGCUGUGCCCAGGAACCUCUCUACAUUUCAUUGACGUGCAUAUCCACCGUCGCACCACUCACGGCGCGGACGAACAUUGA